AUAUUAAAUCUGUGUCAUACUCUCCCAUCUCUCCACCAUUAGGGACGCAAAGAUCACACUAUGUCCAUCUAUAUAUAGCCGCACGCAGUGCAAUGGCUUGCACAUCAAGCUUAUUGUUCCCAACCAAGAAUAGAUAGCUUUCCUCUCGUAAGAAAGUGUUAGAAAGAGAGCUGCAACGAGCAAGAUCUCAGAAGCACAAGCCAAGAUGACGAUAGUUGAGAUGUGCGUUCACAUGGACUGCUCUGGAUGCGAGAGCAAAAUAAGGAAGGCACUUCUUAAGUUGGAAGGGGUGGAUGAUGUGCACAUAGACAUGGUGCAGCAAAAGGUGACGGUCACUGGGUACGUGGACCAGAAGAAGGUGCUGAAGGCAGUGAGGAAGACGGGGAGGCGGGCGGUGCUGUGGCCCUAUCCCUACAACGUGGAGUAUCGGACCUACGCCCAGGAGUACUACCACCAGCACUACCCCCCGGCCCACCACCUAAUCUUCAACUCCAAACCACACUCCUACAACUACUAUAAGCAUGGGUACAACGAUUCUGACAUGCAUGGCUACUACCAGAACCCGACAUACUCCCACAUCGUUGACGAGAGGGCCCGGUCCAUCUUCAGUGAUGAUAACCCAAACGCCUGUUCCAUUAUGUGAAGAUAUCUUGUGAAAAUAUGAGUGUGUAUGUGUGUAUGUGUGUGUGUGUGUAUAUAUAUAUAUAUAUUAGCCGCCCGACUUGGCCGGCCGCUUACCUAGUCUUA